UUAGCCUUCUAGUUCCACUGAUCAUGCAUGACAUCUUCAAGCAUCUGUGAGUGGGGUGUUGUAUUUAACUGUUGUCUAAAUUUGACAUUUGUUUUUUUUUCCUGCAUUAACUCUUGACUUUAAUUCUAAUCCCAAAAAGUCAGAAAUAAAAUGGAAAAGCGGAUGCUUCAAAGUCGACUUAUAAAUUUCGCUUCUAAAGACUAUGGCACAAAGAUAUGCUCAACUGCUUUAACAGUAGAUGGAUGUGAAAUUGAAAAUCUAAUAAACCAAUCACCCAGAUCUUUUUACUGUUCAAAAUAUUUUAUGUCCGAAUAUUACAUCAAAUGUCCAGUAGAGAUAGUGAUGACUUUUCCUUGCCUCAUUGAUAUAUCGGCUGUUUGCGUAGAACCAAAAGUAUUAAGUCACCAGUCGAAAUGCAUCGAGGUGUUCACCGUCAUGGAAAGAUACAAAAGUACUUUUUCAGUUACUACAAAUUCACAAAAUAAUAAGUUAAAAGAAAUGAUUAGAAAAAGACCAGGCAUACAAACUGAAAAGAAUCAUUUGGAAUACCCCUGCACAUAUGUAAACGAUUUCACUAAGCCUGAAGUACGGCAAAGUAAAAAACCCUUUUUAAAUUUUGCUGGCAAGUAUAAGUGUAAUAUGAAUGAGCCACAACAACAACCAGAUAAAGUUUUAUUUGUGAACAGAAGUCAUUCUUUGCCAUUUCAAGCCACGAUGUCAAAUUAUGUGCAAACUGAGUUAAAACCAUAUGCAUCUACCCGUGCUUGUAGUUUUAUGGUUAUCCGUAUAACUUGGGCAACAAUUCCUGUGCUAAAAAAAAUUGAAGUAUGGGGAACACCUGCAUCGAAUAACCCUGAUUUCAUUUUUAAAGUGAUACAUAAUAUUUUUCAUCCUAAAUUGAAAGAUCCCCCAAGUGAAGUAAAAACAGAAAACCAUGAAUCUAAAAAAGUUGAAAUAAUAACUUCAGAGCCUGUUAAUACUGUUAUUCCUGAAGACUUCAUUGAUCCAAUUACGUUUUCUCUCAUGACUGUGCCAUUACUAUUACCAUCAGGAAAUAUUGUUGAUAGAGACACACUAGAAAAAUAUGUUGCAGAAGAAGAAAAGUUUGGACGUCUUCCUUCUGAUCCCUUUACUGGAAUUGUUUUUCAUGGUUCACGGAAAGCAAUACCGAAUACUAGUUUGAAGGCCAGAAUCGAUGAGUUUCUUUUGAAACACGGUCAUUUAAUUAAACAAAGCAGUCAAACAUCUGGUUCAAAGGAAAGUUCGAAAAGAAAGACUGUUGAUUCUUUAAGGGACAAUAUCACAUUUACCAAUACUAGUAACACUUUGAAGAAAAGGAAAAUUUUUAGCAAUACCAAUGACUAUCAUGUUCACGCCACAAGUUCAUCUAGCAUAAUUGAUACAUCGAACACAACAACUGAGAAAAAUCACGAAACCGACCUGAAGGAUAGUUUAAAUUUAUCCUUGUUUCAAACUUUAUCAAAAAUUCCAAUUUGCCAAAAAGUUAAAAAAAUGGAGAUAACAUGUUGCAAAUGUAAAACCGAUGAGACAAGCAAACUGUUUACUUUUCCAUGCCUUCACUUGUGCUGUCGAGAAUGUUUGAAUUUAUUAUUAGACUCUCAGAAAGGAUGUUAUAAAUGUGGAAAGACUUUCAGUAGAUUGAAUGUUUUAAAGUUUAAUGGAUAAAUAUGAUGCUAUUUGUUUUGUUAUUGUUGUGUUUUCAUUUGUUUUUAAUUCAAGAUAAGCAACUGCACCUGAAAUAACAUUAGAAAGAAAGUAGAGAAAAAAUUAAAAUUUGUAAUAUUACAAAAACAUUUACACAUUAGUUUUUUCAUUUAAUUUUAACAAACCUAAAAAUAGUGAUUGAAAGUUAUCUUAAUUUCUUUGUUUGGUUAACCAUUUUAGUUUUUAGGUACGUUAAAUGCACCUUGCAAAAGUUUCUCUCUUUAAAUCACAUGUUGUUACAGAAAAGUGUUCCGCCUAGAUGUUAGCAUUUUUUGCAAUUAUAUUAUAUUGAAAAAAAAAUUUAGUGGAUAUUUUUUACAGCCAUGGGAAUUGACAACGGCAUUCGUCAAUGCCGUCGUAAAUGCCUUCGUUCUUUGUACUGACAACAGCAAAAAAAUUGCUGUUGUGACUUUUUUUCUAUGUUUUUCCAAUGAAUGAGUGAACGACAAAAAUUAUUACUUGAUUAUUAUCUUUUUUUGACGCAGCGAUGUUAAGUGGCUGUGUUUGUUUAAAUUAUUUCCCGUUUGCAUGUAGCUAGGUUAGUGUUUUUUACGCAACAUUAUUUGCUUCUGACAAGCCGUUUUCGUGACACAAAAUCGUUGUUAAAAAC